AUCUCCACUGCGAGUACUUAAAACACAAUCUUUGGAACACCGUCAGAGCAGAGAAGAAGAAGAAGGAAAAAGAAAAAUCCACUUCGAGAAAUCCAGAAAAUACCCUAGAGAGAAGAAGAAAAAUGGCAUCUGAGCAAUCAAGAAGAGAGAACACAACCAGUGAGAGAAAGGUUCAUUUAGAGAAAGAUAGAGUUCCUAAAAUGACUCUUCAUUUCGAGUCUUUGGUGACUGAGAAACCAACAGAAACUACUCAAGGGAGUGAGGGGAGUACUACUGCUAGUACAAACGCGGUUGGUGAAGCUGACAGGCCUGAGAAAGCAGGAGAAGGGAAUGGGACGGGUGCUCAAUUUGAGUCUCUUGCUGAUAAAGUCAAAAGCAAAGAGGAUGCUCCUAGUGAUCAAGAACAAGGAAGGAAUUAUACUGUUGGAAAAUUUGAAGCGAGUGGUGAAGGAGAGAAAGGGUCUAAUAAGGAAGGCAAAGAAGAGAAAAAGGAAAACAAAGAGCAACCUUCUUUGGAAGAAAUAUCAAAGCUUAGACAAACAGCACAGCAAAAUUCCAUGGAGGCUAUUAAGGCUGCACAAGAGAGAUAUGAGAAGGCUAAAGAAAAGGCAAAUCAAGGUUUAAGUGUUGCAGCUGAGUAUGCUAAAGAGAAAGGUGCACAAUCAAAAGAAGGUGCUCAAAAUAUAGAAGAGAAGGCAGCACAGACUACAGAUACGGUUAAAGAAAAAGGUGCAAAAGCAAAAGACACUGUUCUUGAAGGUGCUCAGAGGACAACCCAACUUGUUGCAGAGGGAGGAGCAAAGACAAAAGAUACAGUUCUUGAAGGAGCUCAAAAAACUUCACAGUAUGCUGCAGAGAAAGGAAAAGAGGCUAAAGAUACUGCGGCGGAAAUGGGUCAACAAACAAAGGAGAAAGUGGUGGGUGCAAGCAAGACUGCCAAAGAUUAUGCGGCCACGGCUAAAGAUGUGACGAUGGAGAAAACUAAGGAGGCAGCUCAUUAUGCUGGGGAAGUGGCUGCCGACGUGAAGGACAAGGCUGCAGUGGCUGGUUGGACAGCAGUGCAUUAUACCACGGAGAAGGCAGUGGAGGGGACAAAGGCGGCAGCAGGAGCUGUUGGAGCAGUGACGGAGAAAGCUGCAGCGGUUGCAGUCAAGCCUUUCAGUGCUGCUAAGCAGGUUGCUGCGUCCACCGGUGAGAGCAUGAAGGACUAUACUGCUAGGAAGAAAGAGGAGGCUGAGAGAGAACUUGAAGCCAGGAAAGCUGCAGAGAAAGAGAGUUUCCAGGGUGGAGAUUUCAAAGAAGAAUCACAGAUUCAUGCAACAGGAGGAGAAGCGAAAGGCAAGGGAACAUCAACAAAAUCCUCAACUGAAAGCUUCGCCGAAAAAGUUUUCCCAGAAAUCUCAGAAGGAGAAGAAGAGCAGCAGCAGCAGCAGCAGCAGCAACAAAAGGGAGGCAGCAGCUUGCUCGGUGCCAUUGGCGAAACUAUAGCCGAGAUUGCUCAGACAACCAAAGAGCUUGUUUUGGGACAGGACCAACCUAGAGGAUUUGAGAGCGCUAGUUAUGAAUCAAGCGAGCAAGAACAUGAUGAAAGCAGAGGAUGAGAACUAGUGUGGUUGAGAUUUUAUUUUCAUGAAGAUUUUGGUUAUGUCUUGGCUUUGUCUAUUGAGCUCGACGUGGGUAGAUGGCCUUGUUUUGCUAGUUGUUUGGAGUGUAAAAUAAAUCUCAACAGUUCUAUAUUCAGUUCAUAAUAAUACAUGCCAACUAUACUCGGUUGUUGAUAA